UAUGUUUUUUGGUCUCUCUGCCAUGGCCUGGGACCGAUGAUCUAUUACUUUCCCCUGCAAACUCUGGAACUCACUGGGCUUGAAGGCUUUGGCAUAGCGUUUCUUUCUCCAAUAUUCCUAAUAUUUACUCCUUUCUGGAAAUUGGCUAGCAAGAAGUGGAUGCUCAUCCUGUUGCGGAUAACUACUGUGGGCGGCAUAGCCUCCUUCCUGGCUCCAAAUGCCAGGGUUCGGCUGGUGGUCCUUGCGCUUGGUGUGUCUUCCUCGCUGAUCCUGCAAGCCGUGACAUGGUGGACAGGAAGUGGCUUGCAAAGGUACCUCAGAAUCUGGGGAUUCAUUUUAGGACAGAUUCUUCUUCUUGUUCUCCGCAUCUGGUACACUUCACUAAACCCAGUCUGGAGUUAUCAGAUGUCCAACAGAGUGAUACUCACAUUAAGUACCAUAGCCACACUUGAUCGCAUUUACACAGAUGGUGACUGCAAUAAACCAGAGGGAAAAAAGCCCAGAGAGGCAGCCAAAGGCAUGGCCUCCAGACCUGCCUGGUGGUUGGCAGGGGCUGCCUUUGGCAGUCUUGUGUUCCUCACCCACUGGAUUUUUGGAGAGGUCUCGCUUGUUUCCAGAUGGGCAGUGAGUGGGCACCCCCAUCCAGGGCCAGAUCCUAACCCAUUUGGAGGUGCAGUCCUGCUGGGCUUGGCGAGCGGAUUGAUGCUCUCGGCGUGUUCGUGGUUUCCCAGUUCCAGUUUAAUCUGGUGGGUUACAGGAGCAGCUUCGGCUGCAGGCCUCCUGUACCUGCCCACGUGGGCAGCCGCUGUUUCUGGCUGUGUGCUCGCCCUCUUCACGGCGUCCAUGUGGCCUCAAGUGCUUGGACACCUUCUUAGCUCAGGGUCGGGCCCUGGGAAAGCCAUGACCAUUGCCAUGAUAUUUUAUCUUCUAGAGAUAUUUUUCUGUGCAUGGUGCACGGCUUUUAAAUUUGUCCCAGGAGGUGUCUACGCUAGAGAGAGAUCUGAUGUGCUUUUGGGGACAGUGAUGCUAAUUAUUGGCCUGAAUAUGCUAUUUGGUCCUAAGAAAAGCCUUGACUUUCUUCAAACAAAAAAUAGUCCUAAAGCACUUUUCAGAAAGAGUGAAAAAUACAUGAAACUUUUUUUGUGGCUGCUUGUUGGUGUGGGGCUAUUGGGAUUAGGAGUACGGCAUAAAACCUAUGAGAGGAAAUUGGGCAAAGGGGCACCAGCCACAGAGGUGUCUGCCGCCAUCUGGCCUUUUAGGUUUGGCUACGACAACGAAGGAUGGUCCAGUCUAGAAAGAUCGGCUCAAGUACUCAAUCAAAUAGGUGCAGAUUUCAUAACAAUUCUGGAGAGUGAUGCCUCUAAGCCCUAUAUUGGGAACAAUGACUUAACUAUGUGGUUAGGGGAGAAGUUGGGUUUCUAUACCGACUUUGGCCCAAGCACGAGGGAUCACACUUGGGGGAUUAUGGUUCUGUCACGAUACCCAAUUGUGAAAUCAGAGCAUCACCUCCUUCCGUCACCAGAGGGCGAGAUUGCACCAGCCAUCACACUGACCGUUAACAUCUCGGACAAACUGGUGGAUUUUGUGGUGACACACUUUGGGAAUCAUGAAGAUGACCUUGACAGGGAACUUCAGGCAAUUGCUGUUUCAAAACUACUGAAAAGGAGCUCUGGUCAAGUGAUAUUCCUGGGAUAUAUCACUUCAGCUCCUGGUUCCAGAGAUUAUAUACAGCUCACCGAACACGGCAAUGUGAAGGAUAUUGACAGCACAGAUCAAGACAGAUGGUGUGAAUAUAUUAUGUACCGAGGGCUGAUCAGACUGGGUUAUGCAAGAAUCUCCCAUGCUGAACUGAGUGACUCUGAAAUUCAGGUGGCCAAAUUUAGGAUCCCUGAUGACCCCAUUAAUUAUAGAGACAACCAGAAAGUGGUCACAGACCAGAGGGAAGUUCCAAAGGAAAUUCAUUUCAAUCCUAGAUUUGGAUCCUACAAAGAAGGACACCAUUAUGAGAAUAAUCAUCAUUUUCAUAUGAGUACACCCAAAUACUUUUUAUAA